GAAUGCUACUUCUAGAAGUUACAGCUUUGCGGUGUAUUUCUCUGGAUGUUUCCUUCUCUGAAGUUACUAGAGUUGUGAUUGUGAGUCUCUGUCUGUUAAGAAGAUCUUUGAGUCACCGAGCCAGUAAUGUGAUGCCUUGAGCAAAUUAUCUGGCUCAUUCAUUAUGUCGCUGUAAAAAAGAUCAAAUCGAUGUCACAGAAGAAGGUUGAAGCCACUGCUCAUCAUUAAUCGAUUCUUCUCCGUUUUCAAUAAGAUACCAAAAGCUGGGGUGAUGUCUCCCCGGUUAGUUUUUCUUCUUUUCAUGAUUCAUCUUUUAACAUAAGAAGGAACGAAUGUGUUUGAAAAGCAUCUUACAUGGUUUUUAAGACCUUUUUUGGAGCCAAAAUUAACCUUUGGCUUAAAAACCCGAGUCAUAUUUUUGUUGUCAUCCAAUAACACCACUCACAUUCACCUUACCUCUCUCAAGUGACCCAGUUGUGCGUUAUAUACUUGGUUGUGCAAGUGUGUCAUAUCAUUAUUACUCAAAUCCGCUGAAGUGUAUGUGGCUUUUAACCAUUUGGUUAUUGAUCGUUUUUUAGUCAGUCAAUUUGUAAAAGGAUGGGAAUGGGUUCCCCGGUUAAACUUGACUAGCUCAAUCCAGUCCAGUGAGGACUUGAUCCCACUGUAGAUUCUUUCUAUCUUGGUAUAAGCAAGUAAGAUUGAUUUUUUUUUUUCCAAAAGAAAGAAUCAGAAAAGGGAAUCAAAAGCAACAAAAGAAGAUUGUAGUGGAUAAUUUGUAAAAGACAACCAAAAAAAAGUAUUGUUAAAAAAUGGAUUAAAAGUAGGAAUAAUAUAAAGGGUGAAUGAUUGCUACAAAAACCUUUAAAUCCCAUUAAUUAAUAAUAGUAUAGUAGUAUAAAAUUAUGUCUAUUUCUCCGACCAAAUACCACAAAGUAGAUUAUAGUGUUUAGAAAAACAAACCCGCCACAUCUUUCUUCUCCGAACGACUAAGCAGAGAUCCUGGGACCUGGGAUCAGACUCUCAGUAGAAAAAAAUUGUAUAUGGCGUUUCAUUGUUCCGUUAACCUACGAAUACGAUCACCUCCUCUUCAACCUUCGUCUUUCACCGGAAAUUCACCAAUCAAUUUGAGGUUCCCGCCUUGUCAGCUACUGAGCAGUAAGGCUCGUCGUCGAAACUGCAGCAACAUUGGUGCAGCUCAGAUCUUCGCGGCUAGGUGGUCCAACAAUCCUGGCUCUGGUUUAGCCUCUGCCCCUGCGGCAUCGUCCCUCAGUGAGGAGGUUUUGGUGGAUGAAGAGGUUAAAGAGAUAGUAGAAUUGGAGGAGGAUUUCAAACUCUCCUUCUUGAAAUCAGAUGGGAGCUUAACUAUUCAUGCUGGUGAAAGAUUAGGUCGUGGUAUAGUGACGGAUGCGAUCACGACCCCUAUUGUCAACACAACUGGCUUUGUCUUCAAGAAAACUGCUGAUGUUCUUGACUUCAAGGAGAAACGAGUUGUUCGUCAUGAGUAUGGUCGUUAUGGAAAUCCAACGACAAUGAUACUUGAGAAGAAGAUAAGUGCACUUGAGGGAGCUGAAUCAACCUUGGUUAUGGCUUCUGGGAUGUGUGCAACUACGGUUAUGCUUUUUGCAUUAGUUCCUCCAAAUGGGCAUAUUGUGACUAGUACAGAUUGUUACCGGAAGACAAAGAUUUUCAUGGAGACUUUUCUUCCCAAGUUGGGAAUCACUGUGAUUGUAAUUGAUCCUGCUGAUACCCCGGGGCUUGAAGAUGCGGUGAAUAAGCAUGAGGUUUCGCUGUUCUUUACCGAGUCUCCAACAAACCCGUUUCUUCGAUGUGUGGACAUUGAGUUAGUUUCAAAAAUCUGUCACAAAAGAGGAACUCUUGUUUGUAUAGACGGCACCUUUGCAACACCUUUGAAUCAGAAACCACUUGCUCUUGGUGCUGAUCUUGUUGUGCACUCUGCUACAAAAUACAUUGGAGGCCACAACGAUGUUCUUGGUGGAUGCGUUAGUGGUUUAAUGGAAUUGGUUUCUGAGGUUCGCAAUUUGCAUCAUGUUUUGGGAGGCACACUUAAUCCGAACGCGGCAUAUUUACUCAUCCGAGGCAUGAAGACAAUGCAUCUUCGCGUACAACAGCAGAAUUCAACCGCUUUGAGGAUGGCCCAAAUUUUAGAAACACAUCCCAAGGUGCGUCGUGUUUAUUAUCCAGGCCUUCCUAGUCAUCCGGACCAUCACAUAGCCAAGCGACAAAUGACUGGCUUUGGUGGUGUGGUCACUUUCGAGAUUGCUGGAGAUCUCGGGAGUACAAUAAACUUCGUCGAUUCUUUGAAGAUCCCUUACAUUGCAACAUCAUUUGGUGGAUGCGAGAGCCUUGUGGACCAACCUGCCAUAUCGUCCUACUGGGAUUUACCGCAAGAGGAGAGGCCCAAACAUGGAAUCAAAGACAACUUAGUUCGCUUCAGCUUUGGUGUUGAAGACUUUGAUGACGUCAAGGCUGACAUUCUUCAUGCUCUUGAAGUGAUCUUGCCACCACCAUCUGAAAAGAUCUCAACUAUGCAUGGUUUAAACUUUAAAGUAAACAAACGGUGCUGCUUAGACUCUAAAGUCUAAACUAGCCAGCCGUUAGCUAAUGUUAAUAGUCGUUUCUGAGAGACGCGGCCGUUUCUAAAAGGGAAACAAAAAACUUAAUAUGUUUUUUUUUGAUAAUUCUUUUUUUUAUUGUAAAAACGUUUAUUGUUGUUGCAAAAAGUCACAUAUUGUGUGUGCUAGAACAUGUUGGUGUUGAGGACUAGUCAAAAUGUCAGUUGAAUAAGUAUUAUGUAUGAUAAAUGUAGUAAAAGAUGUCUAUUCUUGGUCA